CCUUUCGUAUGAGAAAAAACAGGCAUAUAGUGUUGAAUGUAAGGACACAUGAAAGAAUUACAGGAAUUUUACAUUUAGAACAAGGACAAUGAAAGCAUCACCAAGGCUGCAAUUAUUCUAGAUAUAUACCUGAAGAUUACCUGAAGUGGAUAGGAAUUUCGUUUUGACCAUUUCCCGUUUUGAUACAUGCAUAACGAUUUACAGGUUCAAACAUGAAAGCUCUUAUACUGUUUGUAGUGUGCUUGUCGACAGUAUCUGUCAUAGAAGGCACUUUGGAGGAGGACCUCGAUAAAUUACAGCAGGACUUCAGUAAUUGGUUGUUUUCAGAGAAUCCACAAUUCGCCACUAGUAUAAACAUACAUAAUUAUGACGACAGAAUAGACGAUUAUUCCCUAAAUGUGUUCGAUAGGUGGAAGAAUGCUGUUGACAGCUAUCUUCAACAACUUGCUGCUAUUCCACGAAAUUCAUUAUCUGAAAAAUAUAAAAUAGACUUUGAUAUAUUCGAAAAUUUCCUUAAAACAUACCAAGAGGGUUAUAACUGGAAGGACUACAAUUCCUUGAAUCCAAUAAAUUUUCUUGAAGGACCACACGUUGAUCCAGACUAUUUAGUUAGUAUAACACCCCAAAAUACACGUGGAGAUUUUGAAAAUUUCGUUGCAAGAAUAGAAGGCUUUCCAAAUCAGCUGCAUCAGAUACAAAAACGAUUUGAGAAAGCAGUCUUACAAGGGAACACAUACCACAACGUCUCAAUUUUCAAGGUACCGUCUAUGAUCGACCAUGGUAUAACAUCCAGACCAGAGGAUUUCAGUUUUUACUCUCCAUUUAACGGCACAUUAGAAAACAUCACAACUAUACCGAAUAACAUAAAAACCGACUUACGUACUAGAGCAAAGAUAGCCAUUAUCGCAUACUUUCAGUCGUUGAGAGAUGUUAAGACAUACCUGAAAACGGAAUAUUUUCAACAUCUUCGAGACAGUUAUGGUGUAAGCGGUUGGAACAACGGUUCAGAUUAUUAUAAGUCAGUUUUACAGUGGCAUCUGUCUUUGCCGCUUACACCAGAUGAAGUUCACCAAAAAGGCUUAGAUGAAGUGGAUAGAAUAUCCAAGCAAAUGAAAAAGAUAAUGGCUAAUCUAGGCUUGCAUGGAUCUGUUAAGGAAGCGUUUGAUACCAUAAAAAAUGAUUCCAGAUUUUAUCUCAAAACAGGGGCAGAUAUUUUAGCCAGAUUUAACCACAUUAUACACGAAGAAAUAGAACCAAAACUACCACUUAUGUUCAAGAACAUACCAGAUCUUCCAGUGGAGGUACGACCAAUGCCUAAUGAUGGCCCGGGCGGGCAGUACAUUCCAGGAACAGCUGAUGGAUCUAGGCCAGGGGUAUUCCAAGUUAACCUAAUGCAUCCUGAUGAAAUGCUGACAAUAGAUUUUAUGGCUUUAUCAAUACACGAAACCAACCCAGGACAUCAUUUACAGAUCAGCACAGCAUUGCUGGCCAAAAUAGCAGACUUCCGAAGAUAUGGUAUCGUUGAAAAAUACUUCCAAGCUCCCGCUUUGUUUCCAUUUUAUACAGCCUUUGUUGAAGGUUGGGCCUUGUACGCUGAAUCAUUAGGAGAAGAAAUGGGUCUUUACAAGGAUGAAUAUGAUUUGCUCGGUAGAUAUGCGUCAGAAGUAUUUCGUGCAUGCAGACUAGUUGUAGACACAGGUCUUCACUCCAAAAACUGGACACGACAGCAAGCAAUCGAUUAUAUGGCAACUUAUACUGCAUAUGGUGAAAGUGCGAUUGCUACUGAAAUUGACAGAUACAUAACAUGGCCCGGUCAAGCCUGUGCUUACAAAAUAGGAGAAUUAAAAAUUAGAGAACUAAGGAACAAAGCAAGGGCUGAGUUAGGAGAGCUUUUUGAUAUAAGAGAUUUCCAUGCUGUCGUACUUGAAAAUGGAGCUUUGCCUCUAUCAACACUUGAAACUAUUGUUGAUGAUUGGAUUGAGAGAUCAAAAAUAGCAAAUGCCCGAACAUCAGAACAUCCUGUAGAAGACCUUGACAAACUAGAAACCGACUUUAGUAAUUGGUUGCUGUCAAAGAACCCAGGAACUGCUAGAUACUUGAAUAUACAUGUUUAUGACGAAGAUGUCAGAGACUUUUCGCUCCAGUCAUUUGAUGAUUUAAAGGAAGACGUCGACAGUUUCCUAAUGAAGCUCAACAAUAUACCGAGAAGUGCACUAAAUGAAAAGAACAAAGUGGAUUUCGAUAUAUUCAAAGAUACUUUAAUGACAUAUCAUGAUGGAUACAAAUGGGGAUGGUAUGCCGCUGUCAAUCCAAUUAAUUUCUUAGAAGGACCACAAAUAGACCCAUCAGGUGAUGUUGAUGUUUUACCAAAGAAUAUGAACCUUACUGACUUUGAAAGCUUUAUAACAAGAAUAGGAAAAUAUCCAGUGCAAAUGAACCAGUUUAAGGCAAGAAUGGAUAAAGCUAUAAGUGAAGGUCAUACAAAUCAUAAUGCAUCCAUGUUCCGUGUUCUAAAAAGAUUUGAAGACAUCAUAACAUCGCAGCCAGAAGCAUUUCCACUGUACCAGCCAUUCAAUGAAACCUUAGACAAUACUACGUCAAUUACAGACGAUGAGAAAACAGAACUACGUCGCCGGGCAAAAGAAGUAAUACAGAAAUAUCUGACAUCAUUGACAGAGAUGAAAGAUUACAUUCAAAAUACUUACAUGAAACACCUAAGGCAGGCUUUUGGUGUUAACGUUUGGAUUCAUGGUAACGAGUUUUACGAAGCUUGUCUAAGAUGGCAUUUAUCCCUUCCACUGAAACCAGAAGAAGUUCAUCAAAAAGGCAUUGAUGAAGUCCAUCGAAUAUCAUUAGAAAUUCAAAAGAUCUUUAAGAGACUAAAUCUCACAGGAACAACCAAAGAAGUCUUCGACGUAAUCAAACAUGAUCCAAAAUUUCUACUAAACAACACUGAUGCAAUAUUAGAGGACUAUAAAGAUAUAAUAUUUAAUCGAAUACAGCCCAAUCUUCCAAAACUAUUCAAAAACAUUCCAAAUCUGCCUCUUGAAGUCAGGCCAUCUCUAACAGAUGGGCCUGGGGGUACGUACCAACAAGUAGCACCUGAUGGAUCUCGUCCUGGAAUAUUUUAUGCUAAUCUGUUUCAUCCGAAUGAAAGUCCGACGUUUAACUUUGUUGAUCUGGCUCUACAUGAAGCCCUUCCUGGUCACCAUUUACAGCUAAGCUAUCAAGGUGUUGCAAAAAUUCCACUUUUCCGAACAACAUACGUAGAUUGGACUUAUAUGGUGCCGACAGCUUUUCCAUCCUAUACUGCUUAUAUUGAGGGAUGGGCGUUAUAUGCUGAGUCACUGGGAGAGGAAAUGGGUGUCUUCGAAAAUGACUAUGAAAGAUUAGGACGUUACAGUGCUGAGAUAUUUAGAGCAUGCCGACUCGUGGUUGACACUGGCCUUCAUUAUUACAAUUGGACAGAGGAACGUGCCAUAAACUACAUGCUUAAUUUCACAGCAUAUGGACAGAGUGAUAUAACUAAUGAAGUAAAUAGAUACAUAACAUGGCCUGGCCAGGCAUGUGCAUAUAAAAUUGGAGAACUCAAGAUAAGGGAACUUCGAGCUAAAGCGGAAAAGGAACUGGGUGAUCGGUUCAAAAUUGACGAAUUCCAUCUAGUUGUUCUACAAAACGGAGCCAUGCCGCUGUCAACCCUUGAGACAAUAAUUGAUUCUUGGAUAGAUCAAGUAAAAAACACUCUUGGUGCAACAGAAACACCAGAAGACAAGUUAAAUGAAUUGCAAAACAGUUUCAGUGAAUGGUUGCUAGCUGAAAAUCCCGAAUUUGCUACAAUAAUUAAUGAUCGUAGAUAUGAUGACAGGCUCGAUGACUACUCUAUUGAGUUAUUUGACAGAUGGAAGAAUCGAGUUGAUUCCUAUCUUGACCAGUUAUCAAGGAUCCAAAGAGAUAGAUUGACUCCCAAAUUGAAAGUAGAUUAUGAUAUAUUCAAAGAUUUCCUUCAGACCUAUCAUGAUGGAUAUGAAUGGAGAAUGUACAAUGCACUAAAUCCCAUAAACUUCCUUGAAGGCCCACAAUCUGAUCCAGAUACUGUUGUAAAGAAUAUGGCGAAGCAUACUAAAGGAGAUUUUGAAAACUUUAUAACUAGAAUCCAAAAUAUGCCAAUUCAGCUUAACCAAAUGAAAGACAGGUUUACGAAGGCAAUUGAAGUUAAUCACACAUACAAUAAAGUGUCAAUAGAUAAGGUACCAAAAACAAUAAGAGAGAUGAUUACUGAAGACAGCGAAAGCUUUGUGUUGUACAAACCAUUCACAGAUGAUUUAGAUCAGAUUUCAACCAUAAACCAGGAGGAAAAGGAAAGUAUAAGGGAAAAGGCCAAAAUAGCAAUCACUCAUUACAUGAGGUCCUUACAUGACAUGGAGGUUUUUAUAAAUGAGACUUAUCUGAAUCAUACAAGGCCAGGUUUUGGAGUAGGAUCAUGGGAUAAAGGUAUGGACUAUUAUAUAGCUUGCUUGAAAUGGCAUACCUCAUUGCCACUCAGUCCAGAAGAAGUUCAUAGGAAAGGAUUGGAAGAAGUUUCUCGCAUUUCCACACAAAUGAAAGCUAUAUUUAGGAAAAUGGGAAUGACUGGAAGUAUAAAAGACGGUUUUAAUCAACUGAAAAACGAUUCUUCAUUCUUUUUAAAAACAGAGGAUGAAGUGGUUUCAACAUUUGAGGAUAUUAUUCAGAGACAGAUAGAACCUAAACUUAACACUCUGUUCAAAGACAAUCCCAAUCUGCCAUUAGUGGUUGAACCUAUGCCGUAUGACGGACCCCUGGGCACGUAUACAACAGGGUCUCCAGAUGGAACAAAGCCAGGAACAUUCCAAGUAAAUGGACUACAUCCUGCGGAAAUGGCAACAUUUGGAUUUAUGGCAUUGGCUCUGCAUGAAACAGUUCCAGGGCAUCAUCUACAGAUAAGCAUACAAUCCUUAGCCAAGAAAGCAGGUUUUAGACGAAAUGGUUUAGACAGUAAAUAUUUUCAGCCACCAACACUAUUUCCUUUUUAUACAGCCUUUGUAGAGGGUUGGGCCCUGUAUGCUGAGUACUUAGGAGAGGAAAUGGGUGUUUAUAAAACUGAUGCUCAAAUGUUAGGUCGUUAUAGCGAGGAAAUAUUCAGAGCCUGCAGACUAGUAGUUGACACUGGACUCCACUAUAUGGGGUGGUCUAGAAAACAAGCUAUAGACUAUAUGUCAAACUACACUGCCUCUGGUGAAAAUGAACUGUCAAAUGAGAUAGAUCGAUAUAUCACAUGGCCAGGACAAGCAUGCGCUUAUAAGAUUGGAGAACUGAAAAUAAAAGAAUUAAGAAAGAAAGCUGAGGAUGAAUUAGGGAACACAUUUGAUGUAAAGGAUUUCCAUUCUGUUGUUUUGAAAAAUGGCCCAAUGCCACUUACCACAUUGGAGACUGUUAUUCACAGCUGGAUAGAAGAAGUGAAAAAUAAACCACCAGCCACUCCUCCAAAUAGGAAGACCAAUACUAACACUGGAUGUGUGGCUUCGUCAAAUCUUUACUUGCAGUCAUUAUUAUUAUUUAUUAUAUUUCACUUUGUUAAAAAUUAAAUCAUUGCUUUUUUAUCUUUUAUUUUUAUAAAUACAUCAUACAAAAUAUU